AGAAAAACGAGUUUUGUUUUUCCACCAUUUCUUCAUUUCUUGUGGCGUAUUGUCAGAGUCAGCGUUAUUUUUUUUUUGCCCGUUUCUGUGUGUGUGUUAAUUCGUGAGUUCAAAGCCCCCUUUGUUUGUUGAUCGCGGCCACAACAAUGGAAAAUAAUGGGGAAGACGAGGUGGGAAAUGGAAAAAACGGUGCUGAAAUAUUUCACGAUGCUGAAGACGGGCUGUGCGUCAGCAUGGUGAAUGGAAAUGAUGCUGGCCAUCAAGACGAAGGAGAUGCUUUGGGCAGACCUGGGAAUCGUCCUGGCGAAGUCUUCGCCCGCAUGCCCACCUACAAGUACUCGCCCUACUACAAAAUGGACCACAAAAAGCGAGGCAUAGCCCUGAUUUUCAACCACGAAAAUUUCGAAUGCGGAGGCCUCAAAUCGCGUUCCGGCACCAACGAAGACUGCAAAAACUUGAAAGACUGCCUCACAGGCCUCGGGUUCGACGUACAAGUUUUCAAGGAUCUCAACUAUAUGGAUUUGGAAUAUCAAGUGAGGCAAGUGGCUGCCAUGGACCAUUCUAAUCACGAUUGCUUGCUUAUAACUGUGCUGUCCCAUGGAGAAAUGGGUAUAAUUUAUGCAAAGGACACUCCAUAUAAGCCAGAAAAUCUUUGGUCGUUGUUUACAGGAGAUAGAUGCCCAAGCUUAGCUGGCAAACCAAAAAUGUUUUUCCUGCAAGCAUGUCAAGGCGAUAAACUCGAUGGCGGUGUUAAUUUAACCAUUAACGGUAGCAGAACUGAGACUGAUGGGGAGACCACUUCAUAUAAAAUUCCUGUUCAGGCUGAUUUUCUUAUAGUCUACUCUACUGUGAAAGGUUACUACUCGUGGCGUAACACCACCAAAGGUUCCUGGUUCAUCCAAGCCUUCUGCGACGAACUGCGCAAUCGCGCCCACAAAGACGAUCUGGUCACCAUCCUGACUUACGUGUCUCAGCGCGUAGCUCUGGACUUUGAAAGCAACGUGCCCGAUUCGAUGUCGAUGCACCGUCAAAAACAGAUUCCGUGCCUCAUGAGCAUGCUCACCAGGCUCAUCAGGUUCACCGUUCCUGCGGGGUAUGGCGCUAGUAGUAGCAAAAGUGGUACUAGUACUAAUCGGUUACUUUAGUUUAGUUUGCAGUUUUUUUUUUUUGAAGGGAUAUUAAUUGGAGUUUAAUAAGAAUGUUGAAUUGUUGCCAAGAACUAAACUUUAUUAUUUGAGAGCUUGUUUAAGCUAAUUUUUAGAAAUGAGUCUCACUAGGCCAAUAAGGAUUGUUGCAUGAAAGUGUUUUAGUAGCAAGUGACAUUUGGUACCAGUGUGUUUGUUUAUACAUAUAAAAAUUGAUAAUACAGCACUGCCACAUUAUUGAAUAAUUUUUAAUAAAGUAAUUUUUUUAGUGCAAUUUUGGACAGUAGUUGCAUAGGAGCCGUCAAAACCGAAAAACAUAUUUUUAGAGGAUUUUUUAGCAACAGCAAAUCUAAAAAAUAAGGUGUAUUUUUAUAUUUACAAAAGAAAAAUGGUCUUUCAGAUAAAAUGUGUCUUAAAAAUAAGAAUUUAUUUACAAUUAUUGUCAAUUGAUUAUAGCUUUGUUCCAUCCCAGCAUGGAACCGUACAUUUCAUUGUCAGGAUUCUGCGCAAAACGUAAAAUUUGUGCGUAGAAUUCAAAAUUCUUAUACGAGUUUUUUGACAGGUUGGAACAGACCUUAUAUUGUUAGCUCAAAGAAAAAAAACCUUUUAAAAUUUGGCUAUUUUUUUUUUUAAUAUAUGUAGAAUUUGAGGUCAAAUUGCAAAAGGUUUUAUAUCCAUUAAUUAUUGCUCAUAAUUUUUUUUAUAUUGUGUAGAUUAGUAUACCUAGGUAAUA